CUAAUCGAAGAAAUCGAAUUCCUUUGUUCUUUAGGUCACCUCUUUCUGACAUUCACGAUGGUUUCAGUGUAUUGACAGGUGUUUGUAGAAAGACAAGGGGAGCAAAUUAUCCACGAUCCUGAAGUUUCUUCAACACACAUGGUGACAGAAGCAUUCAUAUCCAGCAACUAUUAUAGAACUAUCCAUUGUUGAACUGUUUAUUCAAGUUUGCUAUGUAUGAUUUUGUCCCUGUCUGUGAAACGCCCAGUGGUCACUGUGUGAAGUCCAAUGUCCAGCUGUGUGACAUAAAACCACCACAGUUUCCAGCAUGGUUCAACUCAGAAAAAAAGUCCAUGUUAAUGAAGAAUUGUCCAUCAUGGAAGGCAUACGAGGAGAACUGCAAAGGAGGAUUUGAUUCUCCGCCAUGGUGGGUGGCCUUAAUCGUGAUAACGUUUCUCUUUAUCACUGGCCUGGUGAUCUUCUUACUGUACAAGAAGAAAAGACUGAAAUGGGCAUCCAGGGUGAGUGAUGUAAGCCUUCAAGCCAAGCAGAUGUGCUGUAAACACGCAGUGGAGACCAGUAACACUAAGAGUAAAGACAAAGACCCGAGCUGUCCCAAGGGUGGUGGUGACAAGACACAGGAGAUUAGAGACAGGGUGACAGGGAGCCAACUGGAGGACAACUUCGGAAGUCCUACUCCUGCCACAGAGCCAUAUUACUAUGUCCUGGAAGAGCGUAGCUCUGUUGUCGUCAUCAAGAACUCUCCACCUGAGAUGGGAACCUUUGGUCGGAGAGUUAUCCCGCCCUACUCCCCCACCACAGUACAGAGCCCACCUCCCACCGCUGAACUGCAUCAAUAACAAUGGUCAUUUAAACCAUGGGAAACCCGCCGUUUUGUUUUAUCCCAGCGGAAAGGUACAGGUUGCUGAAGACAAAAGAAGAGAGAAUACUGGUCCAGAGAAAAGGAAGAAGAAAAAAGGCAAGAGCAAGCAAAACAGCUCCCAGUUGAACUCAACUUCAAAUAUUGAUGAUAAGUAUACGUAUGCCGAUUGAGACUUGUGCAAAUGUCAGUAUUUUCAAGACAAAGACUUUUUUGUAUGACCAUCUCUCUAAAUUAUUAACAAAGGUCUUUUCUGCAGGUCCUUUUCAUUUGUAAUUAAAAUUGCCUUAUGGGAUUCGGAUACAGUUACAAAAAUCAUUCCUGCAAAGUUGUGAAAAUCAGUCAUAAAUGAAUUUUUUUGGAUAGUAAUUGUUGUGAAAGUCAGCCAUUUGGUCAUUCAGUUCCAUUUAGUAUUAAACAACAUGUACUUUAGAAUGUCAUUAUAACCUUGAAAAUCAAAACAUUGAUAUUAGCAGGUUUUUGGGAAAGCAGUAUCUUUUUUACCAGCUGGUAUUAUCAUUCAGAGGACAUGAUAUCAGAUAUCUGUAGAUUUUUAAAAACAGUAUCUUUUUUUUUUUUUUUUCACUGAAAUUAAUGUUUUGAAGUUCAUAAUCUAAAAAUACAUAUACAUGUGGUCAUACGUGCAGAUGACAUGUCACAGUUUUCCAUGACACCCUUUGUUGUGAAUUUAAUUCCAGGGGAAAGACUGUUGGCUUUCAAAACAGUCCACAUAAAAACAUAAAAGCAGUCUGUGUCUCUGAAAAACGUUACUAAUAAGCCAGUCCUGAGUGUAUUUUUAAAACCAGCUCAUCUUCGUAAGAUGUAUUGGAGGUUUGUUUGAUGGCCUAUGUUUACUUUAUAUUAGUGCCUGAGUAGGGACACUUUGAUGAAAUGGAAAUACUUGCAAUGGUAUAGAUUUAUACUACAACUUUAAUACUAGUACGUGUAUAUUUUUAUUAGAUUUCAUACCUAUGUCAUGGACGUAUGUAAGUUUGUUUUAUGUUCUGGAAUAAUUUUGAAUGGAAAUGAAAACAUGACAUUGCAUUAUAUUUUGGAGAAAAAAAUAUGUUUAGUACACUGUUUAUGUCAAUAUUUUAUUUCAGGAAUUGCUUAUUGAAUUAAAAUGAAAAUGUGCAUAAUGUGGGGUUAGAUUUGUUGAAUGCAGGAUAAGUGGUAUUUUCUAGGUGUUUCUAGUGAAUAUUUUUGCAAGUUUAUAUAUUAUUGCUUCGUAACCAUUGUCAUUGUUUUUUGUCAUACUUCUUUUUAUUUACUAUGUGAACAUGUGAACACAACGAUUGGGUUUGCACAUGACACAAUGAAUAAGCAUGUUUGCAAAGAAGCAGUAUUGAUACAUAUAAAUGCAUUCUGUAGAUAUUCUGGUAUAUGGCCAUCAGAAUGCCUUCACAUGUAUGCCCAUGAUUUCAUGCAUUAGCUUUGCUAAACGCAUCACAUGGUGUAGUAUGUGGCUUUGUUAACUUCAUUGUAUGAUAUUCAACAUUUGCUUCGUUGAACAUAUCACAUGGUUUCAUUCAACAGAUUUGUUACAACACUGGGCACAUUAUAGAUUAUAGCACAGAAUGUGAUAUUCAUACUGUGUACUUGUACCAUUCUGUUUGGGGCCUUUAUUAUAUCUACUCUGGCCAUGGUCUGUAGAACUGUUAUAAGAACAAGUGCAAUUUGAUAUUUAUUGACACACACAAUAUAUUUGUUGUUUAACAGGUUAAUUAAAUUAAUUAAAAGUGCUCUUUAAAAUUGUAUGCAUAAUUUCACUUCAUAUUGUCAGUUUCCAGUAGUUGUAUAUUUUAUUCUUCAAUUUUGGUGCAAUAAAUCAAGCUUUACUCUUUCGGUGCUAACUUCUUGCUUUUUUGUAUAUGUUUUAAAGUUACAUUUUCCAUACUUUUCCCAGUAUUUUGUUUCAUUAAUUGUUAUUAUGUUGUUGUGUGAGAUUGUCCUCCAUGUUUUUUUUUUCUUUCUGAUGAGUAUAGCUACGCCUAGUAAGAUUUGUAACUUUUUAUGGUAUUGUAUAGUCAUAAAUUUGUGUCAGACUUUUUAUUUUAUUUGUGCGUAUUUUAAUCAGUCAUGUGAUGUGCUAUGUAAUUCCACAGUGCCAUAGUGCUUGAACUAUAACACUUAUUCAUUGUACAGAAAUAAGAUCCGAGCCAUAAUCAGAACUUUGAUCAUUUGAUCUUUUUUCAUGUAAUUAUUCUGAUACAUUGAAGUCAUUUAUACGAUCAAGUUCAGAACCAAAGCCAUUACAUCACAUGUUUGCAACAUUAGAACCUGAAAUAACAAUGUCGACAAAUGUUGUAUCUUUCAGAAACAGCAAGAAUUUAUCUUAAGAUUCUGUAUGGUGUUUUGCCUUCAACAUGUAACCAUCAUUUAUAAUUAAGUUGCAUGGUAUUAAACAUAUCAAAUAUGAGGCGAGAGUUUGAUCAGUUAUAACCUUAAAUAUUGGUCAUGUUUUUUCAAUGUUGUUUCAUUUCAGCUCAUUUUUUGUGCAAAAGCGUUCAGUGGACAGUGCAUUCAAAAUAGUUAACAAAUAUUUCAUAAAGAGUUAAAUAUUUAGAAGAAUUACAUUUUUCUGAGCUAUGAAAUUGGAUAUAUCACAGUUCAAAUUAGAGCAAAUUUGGGGCAUUCUUCUUUUUGCCAAAUACUCAAAUACGCAAACAGUCAUAACAGUCUUUGCCUAAAGAAAUAAAUAUGAAUCCACAGUGGAAACACUACUGGGUUACCGGUACCCCUGUCUUUUCUAUUGGUUGGCUAGAUACUGGGUUACCGGUACUCCUGUCUUUUCUAUUGGUUGGCUAGAUACUGGGUUAC